UUAAAGAAAUACUAUUAAAGCAUUAUUUAAAAAACGUAAAUGUUAUAAUGGCAUCUUCUUCAAAAAAAAUUAAAGUAGAUUGUCGACAUCGAAAGGAGUGGGAAAAUGAAAUUUGGGCCAAAGGUUGGCUAAAAUCUAUUGCAGAUGCCCCUUUGUCGUACCAAUCAACAUCUAACGACCAAUAUACAUCGUGGUGUUUUGGAUGCAAAAUAGCUCUAAGAUCCCAUAAGAUCGAUCUAAAAAAGCAUUCAGAAAGUAAUAAACACAUUUCUAAUAUGGCGGUGCUGUUUAAGCAAAACAAAAUUGAAAAUUUUAUAAUACAGCCGCAAUCAAAUGAGUCUAAAAUUAUUGACAUUAAACUAGCCGUUUUUAUUGCAAAACAUAGCUCAAUUGCUUCUGUUGACCACCUUACAACCUUGCUACGAAACUGCUCAACAAAAGAAAGUGCAUUUGAAAAAUUAAGGCUGCACAAAACUAAGUGUACUGCUAUUAUCAAAAAUGUCGUUUCUCCGUCAAUUUUAGUGGAUUUGGUGAAAGAUAUUGGUGAUAAUUUUUACAGUUUGGUGGUAGAUGAAUCUACCGAUAUAUCCCAAACUAAAUGGAUGAGCAUUUGUGUAAGAUUUUUUGAUCAUAAAAGACUUAAAAUUGUUACCCAUUUUUUGGGCAUUUUCCUGGUAGAAGAAGCUACUGCAACACAUCUUUUUGAAGGUAUGAAACUGUUUUUAAACAAACCUACAGAUAAAAUGUUAAAAAAGUUUAAUUCUAAUACAAUGUAUGAUACACCAAGCAGUGAAAAUGAAUCUGCAGAGAAUGAGGUAUAUGAUAUUAUAGAUUUAUGCAAUUAA